AUGAUACCACCGGGAGACUGCAUGUAUGCGGGCAGGAAAAGAAGGAAGCCCGUUCAAAAACAGAAACCGGCCACGGUGAGUGAGAAGUCCAACCCGUCAAAGAGGCACCGGGACCGCCUGAACGCGGAGCUGGACCGGCUGGCCAGCAUGCUGCCCUUUUCCCCAGACAUCAUCUCCAAGCUGGAUAAACUGUCUGUGCUGCGUCUCAGUGUCAGCUACCUCCGGGUCAAGAGCUUCUUCACAGUGACUCAUGAGAAGCCGUCCAACAGAAAACAUAUCAGUCCAGCCACCAACCCCCUCCCCGAGCCCAGAAAAGACAGCCUGCCUAUGGCUAUGGGCAACAGCAUAACAGAGAGUGGGCUCCUUCUUGAGUCCCUGACUGGCUUUGCGCUGGUGGUGAGCAGUGAUGGAAUGGUCUUCUAUGCCUCCUCCACCAUCGUCGACUACUUGGGCUUCCAUCAGACGGACGUGAUGCACCAGAACGUCUUUGAUUAUAUCCAUGUAGAUGACCGGCAGGAGUUCAGAAGACAACUCCACUGGGCCAUGCACCCCAGCCAGCACGGCUCAUCCCAGGACCACCAUUCAGCCGCAGAAACGGGAGAAGACUUUGUGGUGAGCAGCCUGUUCCAUUCUCAGGAGGCGGGGGGAGUUGCUCCUGAGUUCUCCUCCUUCCUCAACCGCUGUUUCAUCUCCCGUGUACGCUGCCUGCUGGACAGCACCUCUGGCUUUUUGACCAUGCAGUUCCAGGGGCGGCUGAAGUUCCUCCAGGGACAGAAGAAGAAGUCGGGUUCGGGGGCCCUGCUACCCCCGCAGCUGGCCCUGUUCUGUGUGGCUGUGCCUCUUCUGCUGCCCUCCAUCACAGAGAUGAAGAUGAAGGGCAUGAUGAUGAGGGGCAAGCAGAAGAGCGGAGGGGGCAUCAUCCCUGCACUAGAUCAUGGUGAGAGAGAGGAGCACUUCAGGAGGCACGCUGGCAGUGUGGUGAUGGUGGAUGGCGGGGACCCGCUGCUCCUCAACUGCACCAACCCCGGGGGGUCCCAGCAGCGCCUCAAGUACAAGUCGGAGGGAGGCUACUACGGCCAGGACGAGCCCCUCAACUACUGCAAGACCUCUAUGGGCGGCGUCCCCCACCACAAAGGCCCAGGCCCGGACUCCCCGUGGCCCAUGCGGCCUGCCUCAGGGACCGUCCGAGCUGGGCAGAGUGGCGGCUACAUCCCCUCGAAUCGACUCGGGAAGGCGGGCCACUAUGGUAAGCCCUACCGCAUGUCCCCCAGCAUGUGUCAUGGAGGAGGGCGAGGUGGUGAGGUCUACGUGCCCAAGAUGUACGGGAGCCUCCAGACCCCCGACGGCUCGGACCCCUACUGCUUGGGAGAGGCGGUGAAGAACGAGAAUGGCUACGGCGAGUGCUACGAUGGCCGCCUGCUGCCUGAGAUGCCCAUCAAGGUGGAGCAGGACUCUGACUCGGAGAACGGCUGUGACGCCUAUGGCCGUCCGUGGACGUGCCGGGAGCCCGUGGAUCGUCGCUACGGCAACGGCUACGGCGACAACAACAGCCUUCAGAUGAAGUCGGAGGCGGACUACUACGAGCAGUACUCGCCGUGCCAGCGGGGCAAGGCGGGUAUCAGCCCCAUCAGCCCACCCUACAACAACGGCCACUUCCAGAACUAUAAUAACGUGGGGGGCGGCAGGCCCUUGAAGAGUGUGAUUAACAAGGACAUGUCCCAGUUCAGUCCCCAGAGGCUGUCCCACUCAGACCCCCUCUGUAGCAGCCAGAGCAUCAACUGCAUGGACGUGUAUGCAAGCGGCCCCGUGGAGCACAACAAGGGCUACAUGCAGCAGGACUACAAGCUGGGCUACGAGUUCAAAGGUCACGGACUGCUCCACGCCAUAAAGCGGGAACCCAUGGACUCACCCCCGUGGUCGGACGGCAGCAGCAACGACAUGAGUCAUCCCAUGGGGCACUCUCAGAGGAACGUUAUGCCACACUGUGUGAUGAACGCUGGGCAGCACAAAGCCACCCCCUAUGUUUAUAUGCAAUAG